CUUGAUUACAAUUAUUUGAGCUUUUGUUCUCAAGCUUUUGUUCUUGAAAAAGCAUGUCACGGCUUACAAAACUAAAUUUAACCCCCCCCCCACCUCUUAACGCCCCAGGAUAACCUUUCACCUACAUGAAGAGAGACUGGAUUAAGGCCAAAAGAAGCUAAUGCUAUUGUGUGCUGUUGUCCCCUCACUAAUGCUCGUCUAUAAUUGCGGGGCUACAUUCAUUGUUCAGUGUCCUCAGCUGCUAAAGAGAAUGCUGUUAAUAAACCUCUUAGCAAUCUGAAGGGUUUCUCAAGUCUUGCAACACCAGUCACAAUGAGGAUCAGACCCCAGUCCUACACUUCUACUGUGACGACACACACACCCACACUCACGCACACACAAAUGCACGUUCACAUGCCCGUCUCCUGCCUGCGAUUAUCGUCCAAAUCGGACUCCCUCCUGCCCGCAUUCCUCAGUCGACCCCACUGCACGACCACCCUGCCACAGCGAGGACUGGACCGCCUGCUUUCGGGUCUGUUAUACGGGCCGUGGACUUAAGUCAGAAAGGGCCCGAGGGGAGAUUUGACUCACUAGGAAUCAGUUCAUGUUACUUGCAGGGAGCUGAGCAGUGGGCCGCGUUUGAUGGCUCCAACCGAACUGGCCAAAGAAGUCUGAGGAGAAAUCAAGCCGGAGGGAAUUUCUUCCUUCGCCCACGAGAGGACAGCGCCUUUGUUUUCUAUUUCAGUUCAUCUUACGUAACCCUUCCUGACCUUAAGGACGAACAGGUAGCAAAACAAACUGCGGGAUUUAAAGAUGGAGCCCUUUGCAGACAUUCCACGCGUGCGCUCUGACAGCACGAGCAGCUCCGUGUCUCAGGGCUCGAGGUCCAAGGUGCUCCUCCGGCAGCGCUUGUCUCAGCUGCUGACCUGCAUAGACGACAUGAGCUCUGAUGACGAGGCCAGUGAAGAAGUGUCCCGCACGCUGGACGAAGCCUUCCAGCUCUGCGGCCGCUUCAUUCCCACAGAUGCAUUCAGGCUGCACAUAGUGACCUGGAAUGUGGCAACGGCGGAGCCCCCCGAAGACGUUACCUCUUUGCUGCAGCUGGAUGUCCAGCCCCCCAUAGACCUCUAUGUGAUAGGCCUGCAAGAGGUAAAUGCCACUCCUGUGAGGUUCAUCUCCGACCUGUUGGUGGAGGACGCCUGGAGCCACGUCUUCAUGGACACACUGGCGCCCAGAGGCUUCGUCAAGGUCACAUCAGUGAGGAUGCAAGGUUUGCUGCUGCUGGUUUUCGCCAAACAAUCACAUCUCCCCUUCAUCAGAAACAUCCAGGCCACCUACACUCGAACGGGUUUCUUUGGUUACUGGGGUAAUAAAGGAGGAGUGACCGUCCGUUUCUCCUUCUACGGCCACAUGGUGUGCUUUCUAAACUGCCACCUAGCGGCCCACGUGAACUACGCCCUGCAGCGGGUGGAUGAGAUCGAGUACAUCCUGGAGACUCAAGACUUCGACCUCCCUGACACCCCACACGUCAGGGAUCACAAGGCGGUGUUCUGGUUCGGCGACCUGAACUUCCGCAUUGCGGACCACGGCCUGCACUUCCUCCGCUCGUCCAUUAACAGCGGGCGCCUCCAUUUGCUGUGGGACAAAGACCAGCUCACCAUGAUGAAGAAGAAGGAGGCCUUCCUGCAGGAAUUUGAGGAAGGGCCUUUGAACUUCAAACCCACUUACAAGUUUGACCGUAACUCUGAAACCUACGACUCCAGCCCUCCGAGGACAUGGUUUGGUUUUACUGGCAAAAAGAGGAAACCGGCCUGGACAGAUCGGAUCCUUUGGCGCAUCAAACCCAAGACCCUUCCAUCAGAGGAUGAGGAUGAGAAGGCGUCGACUUCUUCCGAUGAAGGUCUCGACGAGUAUCCACUCCAGGUCACUCAGGACAAGUACACCAGCGACAUGAGCUACGGAGCCAGUGACCACAAGCCUGUCAUUGCAACCUUCAGUCUGGAGGUGAGGAAGUGCUUUGAUACACCUCUGGUGCACGUAUCUCCUCUGGGUGUGUGGAGCGCCGACCAGGAUGCACUUCUUCAGUACACCGUCCAGGAGGACUUCAUGUCCUCCACGUGGGACUGGAUCGGCCUGUACAAGGUGGGAUUCAAGACUGCGUUUGAUUAUGAAACGUUUGUCUGGGUUAGAGAGGAGGAGUUGCCGGAGACAAAUGAAGUCAUCCAGCUACAUGUCGAUAAGGACGAGAUCCCUCUGCUGAGUGGACAUUACGUUUUGGGUUACUACAGUACAAACAUGCAGAGCAUCAUCGCCCUCAGUGCUAACUUCCAGAUCCUGGAGUCAAAGCGGGCCGUCAUGGAAGGUCUCGUUCCUGAAAACAUCAACGGACUCAACCAAUAAGAACAAAUUCACCACAUUGCCAAAUAUAUAUUCAUCUGCCCUGGAAAUUUCCACAGGCCUUUUUCUGCAUGUUAGGGCAAACAAUAAAGGAAAAAGUUCCAUUUUGUUUGUAAUUGUAGUGACUGUAUGUUAAUACAACCCUCGGUUAAAUUAUAUUUGAAAAUACACUUUUGUGUUUUGAUUUGGAAGGAUUUUAGUGCCAGUGCAGAAGGCCAUUGGGGAUGCUGAUGUUGGCUUUUACUUUAAUGCAGAAGGGUACAUCUGGUAAUUGAGUUUUUGAAAUUCAUGUAAUGGAUUGUAAAACUGUGUUUUUGGGUGCUACAAAUGGCUCUAAGAACAUUUAACGUUGGAUGUGGGUGUUGAUGAAGACUUUUACUCUAAGGUGUUUUUAAUCAUAUACUGCAUUAUAACAAUUGUAGUUCACACAUAUUUUUAAAUGUGUAUUAUGACCAACUCAAAGGCAGCGAACCGAAUCUUGAUUUUAUUGUAGGUUGAAUAAAUUAUUUAUCUAUCCUGCUUUAAACCUCUUAACUGUAGCGGUUCACAUUAGUGCAAUGCGGGAUGCCUUUUUCUGUCUCAACGCAAAUAUGAUGAUUUUUGUGUCAAAGAAUAACAAAGUGUAAACAUG